CUUUAAAUGGCACGUUAGCAAAAGGAGAACCUGUCCAAAACUGUCAGCAGUAAGAAGCUAAGGAUAAAUUUAAGAAUGUCUUCUGGUUUGAUCAUAUUAAUUUUACUGUGUAUGAAAACCUCAUUUGCCUUCAGAGUAAAGCUCAUGACAAGUACAGAACCAUGUCAGGAACAAAUAGUCCACUUUCGAAAUCAUUAUGUUUUUCAUGGAGAAGCAGCUGCGCUUAGGUGCCCAUCCUUCAGUCAUCUGAAUCUUGAAUUUUCCACAGCUACCAAGCUAAGUAUGAACUUAACUUGGCAUUGGAACGGUUCUUCAAAAAUAGAAACAACUAGUCGAGUAUUGGCAAAUGAAAAAUCUCUUUAUUUUUUCCCCGUGGCACUUACAGAUUCUGGACGAUACAACUGCAUUCUAAGAAAUUCAUCAUUCUGCAUUGAAGUAUCCAUGUCAUUAAUAGUUUAUGAAAGAAAUCCUCGCACUGGUAAAGAUCUUGCAUAUGAACAAACUGCAUCUCUGACAGCAACAGGAAAAAUAGUCUGUCCUGAUCUGGAUGAAUUUGCCAGCAGCCAAAUCCUAGAUCUAAAAUGGAAAAAGGAUGCUGUCUCUCUGCUAUGUGAUGGAACAAAAUUCAACUACAUUAAGGGCACUACAGGACUUUUCAUACAAAAUGUAUGUCUGGCAGAUGCUGGUUACUACACCUGUGAAAUGACAGUUACUCGCAAUAAUUCACACUAUAAGGUUUCAAGAGUCAUUCACCUAAUAACUAGAGAACAACAUCGCAAUACCCCUGUGAUUAUAUAUCCUACCAUGAACCCUGUUGCUGCUACCCUUGGUUCAAAAUUAAUCAUUCCAUGCAAAGCUUUUAUUGGAUUCCAUAAUGAGUCCAUUGUCCAAAUGUGGUGGAUGGCUAAUGAAAAUUUUAUUGAGGAUUUUGUUGAUGAUGGCAGAAUCGAAGAAGGAGAACCAAGGGUCAGUUAUGAAAAUGGUGCCUAUUAUAUUGAAGUUGAGUUGAUUUUUGAAGAAUUUAGAGAACAUGAUGCUGAAACUGAUUUUAAAUGCAUUGUUCGCAGUGACAAUGGAUUCAAUGAAACAACGUUUUUCUUCACACAAGAAGCACCUACGUUUGCAUGGCAUAUACCACUGGUAGCUAUUUCUGGACUAAUGUUCCUGAUUGUGUUAGGAUUCAGCAUUUACAACUGCAGAAGAAACAUAAAUCAUGGUGCAUAUAUGACAACAAAGUAUUAGAUGAUGUGGUCAGUUUUAUUUGAAUUCUGAAACCCGCAUCAUGAGCCUUGGAUUCACCAGAUGCCCUUUUCAUAACUUUAGUCAGCUGUUAACAUAUGGAUAUAGCUACAAAAGCUUCAUAUUCUGUGGCAGCUCAUGCCUGAUACCAGUCAUAAAGUCCAUGGAAUAGGAUCUGGGUGGAACAUGAAAAUCAAAUUAUCUUGCGGCCCUUAGCAGAUGUGAAACUUUUGAAUUCUAGUUGGCUGAUCGUUGCACUGUCACAAUUUGCACUUUUAAUGAUUUGCACAUUUGAAAACUCAAAAAAAGAUGCUCCAUGUGAACAUAUCCUUUCUUUAAAUACUUCAAAGCAAGCUAAGUAAAACAUUUUAGCAGAAGUGUGAUGUCUGUGUUAUACUGGUGCGCUAUUUAAUUUAACAAUUUUAUGUCCAUGUAUGCAUGUAAUAUAGUGAUGUAUUUCAUAAGUGUACCAUUCGUGUUCAUAUAUGCAUGUAACAUACUGAUACAUUUCAUGUGUACCAUUUCUGUCCAGGUAUGCAUGUAAUAUACUGAUGCAUUUCAUAAGUGUACCAUUCAUGUCCAUGUAAUAUACUAAUACAGUUCAUGUGUACCAUUCAUGUUCAUGUAUGCAUGUAAUAUACUGGUACAUUUCAUAAGUGUACCAUUCAUGUCCAUGUAUGCAUGUAAUAUACUGAUGCAUUUCAUGUGUACCUUUCAUGUUCAUGUAUGCAUGUAGUAUAUUGAUGCAUUUCAUAAGUGUACCAUUCAUGUCCAUGUAAUAUACUGAUACAGUUCAUGUGUACCAUUCAUGUCCAUGUAUGCAUGUAAUAUACUGAUGCAUUUCAUGUGUACCUUUCAUGUUCAUGUAUGCAUGUAAUCAUUUCAUAAGUGUACCAUUCAUGUCCAUGUAUGCAUGUAAUAUAUUGAUGCAUUUCAUAAGUGUACCAUUCAUGUCCAUGUAUGCAUGUAAUAUACUGAUGCAUUUCAUAACUGUGCCAUGGAAGCACUGCAUAUGAAAGUUGUUGUAUAAGUAUUGUUGCUUAUAAUGUGACAAUGAAGCAUUUCUUCCCACAUUAUUAUUGUUUAAAGAAUUGUGCCCAUUUGGCUAACCCUGUAAACAAGGUAUAAUAAAUAAAUAGAAAAGAAACAAAAAACUGUAUGCAGUUGCUAAUUCUUAAUUCUUAUGUUUUAAAUGUAUUCCAUUUUUGCACUUAAUUUACUCCAAAAGUGAAUCCAAGAGGUUAAAUUAACAAAAUCAAGUCUACCAAGGAUAUGAACUGAAAAUUACUUCCUUUUUGAAAGAUAACCAUAAGGCCUUUUUCAAUACUGUUAGAAACAUUAGGAACAGCACCCAGCAGUGUACCAAACUGAUACUUCACAAUAACACCCACACAUUCAAUUUAGUCAAUAUCCUAGCAGAUAAAUUUAGCUUAAACUUCUCCCUGCUGUCACCCUUAACUUGCUUUCACACCCUAUCAUGUGUCCCUAACAUUUAGGAUCACCUCAGAUCAACUUGUAAAGGUACUCUCCAAGGCAAAAAACAGUAACUUUAUGGAUCCUGACAAUGUGCUAAGUAGGUUCUUUGUCAGUAUGAAGCCACUGUUUCAGACUCACUCCUGAUUUUUUUCAGCUUCAGUCUCUCAAGUAGUUUCAUGCCAGAGGCAUGGAAAAGAGUUUUGUUCAGCUCCCACAAGGGAAGCCCAAUCACUGAUCCCAGCAGCUAUAGACUAAUAAGCCUGACGCCUGACCAGCCUUAUCUGUAUGGUAAGGGAAUGCAUUAUUGUUGAACUCAUAAAAGAUAUUGGAAGUCUAGGUUUGUGAAAGCAUGAUCCUGCCUGCUUAACUUAGCAGACUUCUUUGAAAAUUCACUGAGGUAUUAUAUGAGGAUAAAUCAGUACAUACCACUUACCUCAACCUGGCAUAGGUCUUGAUACCAUUCCACAGGUGGUCAUUAUCAGCAAAUUUAUCAAAGAAAAUGAAAACCCUUAUGUAACCCACUGGUGAACAAACUGGCCUACAGACAGAGCACAGUCGAUUAGAAGUGGGGAUACAAUUUGAUCUUAAAGGCU